AGCUUUCUUCUUUUUUCUUCGUUUAAAAGUGACAAUAUAAACAUAAAAGAAAAAAAAAAUCAAGAAGAAGAAAAAACAUAGAAAAAUGAGGCACUUGAGCAUUAAACCAACAUCAAUAGAUGUAGCGAGACAUGCCACGUUAGCAGAAUCAUUCGGAAAUCACCGACCGCCACAAUCGCCGUGGCAUUCGCCGGUGCCGUAUUUAUUUGGAGGCCUUGCGGCGAUGUUAGGUCUCAUUGCCUUCGCUUUACUCAUCCUCGCCUGCUCUUAUUGGCGCUUAUCCACCUCCGGUGACAAUUCUGGUGAAGGAAACGACGGAGGAGUCGACGAAGUGAAAGAGAGUCGAUCGGGCGAGAAGGCGGCGAACGCAGCGUACGAGGAGAAGAUUCUUGUCAUAAUGGCUGGAGAUGACUUGCCGAGUUUUCUGGCGACGCCGGCGGCGAACAAGUGUGUGUGUGGUCACGAGGAGGGUAAUAUGGUAAUUUCGAAGGAGGAUGGUGGUGGACAGGAAGAGAAAGCGAAAGAAAAUGAAGAAGAUACAACGAGUCACUGAAAAAAAAAAUGCUGCUCUCAGUUUUUUGUUUUGACACUUAUUUUUUUGUUGUAACUUAUUUGCUUUUAGGUCUUUCCUUUUGGGGGAUUUUCUUGGGAGAUUUUCCCGGGAAUGUAAAUUUUCUGAGAGAAAAUUUUGGGUUAUGAUU